AUAUAAAACAAAGCACAUGGCCAAUUCUGAAUCAUCAUACAUCACCUACCACCUUCACCACAAAAAGAGAGAUAGAGAGAUUUGGCACAACACAAACAACACUGUCACUCAAGAAGAAUCUGGUGUCUCUUUGUGGAAGUGAAAAUGGCGUCAGAUCCGAAAGUUCAUCUUUUUGAAGAUGUGGUGAAGCACAGCGAGAUCAAAGAUUGUUGGCUUAUCAUUGAUGGGAAGGUGUAUGAUGUCACCCCUUUUAUGGAGGAUCAUCCCGGAGGUGAUGAAGUUUUGUUAUCAGCAACAGGGAAAGAUGCAACUAAUGAUUUUGAAGAUGUUGGACACAGUGAUUCUGCUAGAGACAUGAUGGAAAAAUACUACAUUGGUGAGAUUGAUCCAUCAACUGUCCCAUUAAAGCGGACCUACGUUCCUCCUCCGCACACUCAGUACAAUCCCGACAAGACCUCUGAAUUCGUGAUCAAGAUUUUGCAGUUCCUGGUCCCUCUCCUGAUAUUGGGCUUAGCCUUUGCUGUCCGACACUACACCAAGAAAGAAGAGUAGUUCCUUCUUCAUCGCAUUGGACCCUAUCAAAGGGGUCUGUUUGCUAUUUAUACAGGGUCAUUUAAUGGACAGUGUUUUGGUUAGUUACUUUCUGGUGUCUGAGCAUUAAAACUGGAUUCUAGACUUUAGUUCAGUGAGUCAAUGUUUUCCAACUUUCUUUGGCAAUGGUACUAGUGUCUUUAUGACUUACAGAACCUAAUAAUGUUGGAUGGCACUUCCUUUCUUUUUA